AUGGCGAACAUCUAUCAACGGAGCUUUUUCGUUGGAAUGGCCAACCUCCAGGCCAGUAGCAAGUACUCCGACAUGAGCAUUCGCUGCGACGGGCGUGAAGAGUCAUCCAGGAUCAUUCAUCACACAGAGUAUAAUGCUGAGACUGUGGGCCGGAUGAUCAAGUUUCUCUACACUCAAGACUACGAUCCGCCAACUAUUCCCAAGGACGACAAGUUCUACAGAGCAAGGAUGCGUGCUGCUGGUGUUACGGGCGCUGACCAAGACGAUGGAGAGAUCGUGACUUCAACGAAAGAAGACCUCAUUGCUUAUAUCCACGUCCACGGCAUUGCUAUAUAUUAUGGCAUACCACAGCUCAAACUCCUCGCCACAGAGAAGUUCACAAACGCUCUGAGCAUCACGCCGUGGCAUCUCGAACAUUGCUUGGAAUUGAUCGACAAUAUCUACCAGCAGCCUGUGGGACAAACAUCCAGGCUGCGUUCGCUGAUUACGGACCUCGCCUCGAAUUAUUUGGCUGAGUUGGGAAAUAACGAGCCUUUCCUGGCAGCCGUUGAGCAGCGUGCGUCCAUCGGUGCCUUCUAUGCCGAUCUUUUACCUGUGAUCAAAAGUCGAGUUGUGAAGGGAAUGCUGGUCGGAAAAAGGGUGCAGGAGAUCCUUCGUCAGAAGCUGCGGGGUUAUGAGCAGGCUCAGAAGGGGGAUGGAGGCGGCGGUCAGGAGGGUGAUGACGAGGGUCAGGAUGGCGAUGAAGACGAUGAUGAGGUCGAUGAACAGGGCAAGGAGGCUGAUGAAAAGGGCCAUGACGGUCUCGAACAGCAUCGAGAGGAUAAAGGAGAGGACCUCGACCAUGAAGAGGACCAGGAGAUUGACGAAGAGGGCCAGGCCGAUCCUAAGGAGCAAGUGGAGGACGAUGAAGAGGGUCAGAAUGAAGAAGAAAAAGAGCCGCAGCGUGAAAUCGAAGUCGUGGAUCUGACGUCGCCCUGA